CGAGUGUGCAAAAUGAAGCUCUUCGUGAUCAGCCCCGACUGCGCGCCCGAAGACCAACGUCUGCAUAUCAACGGAACCGGGUGGGGCCUUCUCGAGCAAGAAACCCCCUCUACCCUCGGCACCCUCUCCGACUUCCUCUGUGUUUCCUACACUUGGGGCGCCGGCCGCUUCCCAAGCCCCUUCCACCCCGAAUUCAAAGUCUCAGACCGUACCCUAUGUGUCCUCCUCACCGCCAUCGUCCAGCAUCCCACCGCUCGCAAAAUCUGGAUCGACGCCUUCUGCGUGCCGCCUCCCUCGGAACCGUCCCUUCGCGCCUCGACCCUCCAAAGCAUGGGCUUCAUCUACUCCCGCGCCUCCGAGGUCCUCGUAGUCCUCACCUCCGCCGCCAUCCCCGUGCUCCAACAAGCCAGCCGUUCCCAUCACCUCUCCCCAUUCCACCUUUCCAUCCUCGAAGCCGAAGACUGGGUCACGCGCGCCUGGACCUACCAAGAGGCCGUCAACGCCUGCCAGCUACGCAUCGUAUGUACCAAUCCGAAGGGCUUUUCUUCCUCUUCUGUCCUCUUUUGUCUCCGUUGUCGCAGUGACAUGAUGUCCUUCUUCUCCCUCCUAGGCUCCUCCCUCGGCUCUCUGACUCCCGCACAGCGCAAACUCUACCCACGCCUCAGCUCUCUAGAGGAUCUCUUCGCUGACUGCGCUGUCGCCAAGUACUUGGAACGCUCCGCUCUCCAGGUUAUGACCAUCAUGGACGGACGAACCCAAACACAGCCAGAAGAUCACUUCUAUGCAAUGAUGGGUGCAAUUUCUAUAGAGCCGACAAAUGCGGUGGAGGAGAUUGGGCCUUGCGAGGCGUUCAUGAGGCUGUGUGAGAGGAAGGGAGAUUAUAGUUUCCUGUUUUGUAAGGAAGACAGGGACGAGGGGAUGGGGAGGAUGUGGAGGCCAGUGGGGUGUGAGUUGAGGCCUUUGAUCAAGUGGCAUAGUUGGGGAGGGGGUUUGAGAGGGAGUGCGGAUAGAGAGAGGGUCGUGCUAGAGGGGAUUGCGGUAUUAGAACUAGGAAAGCUUGGGGAGAGGGCGAGGACGUUUAUUGAGGGGUGGUUACUCGCGUUUGAGAGGAUGAAUUAUGGAAGCUGGCCGGAUUUGGAGACGGAAAGGGCGGCGUAUGAAGCACUGAGAGUGCUGGAGUUCUCGGGAAACGAGGAGUAUCUAGCCACGGAGUGCGGGUUGGUCUUCCCGCAAAACCCGGCACCCCAGUCGGCUCAGGUCAAGGUCAUUGUCGCUGUGGGGAUCAGGUGGACGCUUGGAUCACCGGCGCUGAUUCAAUUCCGCGACGAUGCCAGCUCUGACGAGUAUUUCUAUGAGCCUGGGGUUUUCUUUGGGCAGGUUCCCGAUGGUGGUGUCGCCCUACGGAAUUUUAUGCUCUGCUGA